UCGUGGAAAUCAUCUGCACCACGCGCCCUAGCAACUGCGGCAUCAGCACGAGCAGCGUGGUGACUCGCUACGACAAAGCCACGCACGGAUCCGCUGUAACGGUCUCUCUCCGCUCUGCAAGCAACACAUCCUCCAUCCCCAGCCCUGUUAUUUGUUAUUUCCCUGAUAUUCUUCGCGCUAAUCUGCAACGUGGAUCCUCGCUAUCUGAAAUAUUUUACAUCGUUUUCAUUGGAUGAUAUAUUUUCACCAUCACGACAAAACGGACUGCUCAUCCUCAUUAUCAACAACACCGCGCGUUUCAGCGGGCAGGCUACAGCAACGCCCAUAGCAACCUCUCUAUGCGCAUCCACGAGCCAUCUGUUCAUUACUGCUUGUUUGUGUCUGUCGUCUCCGUCUCCGACAUCUCUGCUCGGCUGUCGCCCUCUCCCGGUUCCCCCCCCUGAUCCCCCCCAGUCUCGUCUCCAGAAUAGCGGCAGGUCUCAUCUCUCGCCUCGCUGCUGGGCACGUACCCUCCAUCACAAGGCCUCUUCACAGAGAGCAGCUCCUCCCACUUCCUCUGGCUCCUCCCAGCUGUGGCCCCUACUGGGCACGCUCCCUGGCUCUUACCUGAUUGGUCCCCGGCCUCAGGACGGAAGCCACGCCCACCACACUCCCUACAUGAGGGACAAGGCCACUCAGACCCCCAGGGCCUGGGCGGACGAGAGGAGACGGGGGAGCCACAAGAGAUCAGCCUCCUGCGGGAGCACCGACCAGCUCAAAGAGAUUGCUAAAUUGCGACAGCAACUCCAGCGUAGUAAGCGCAGCAGCCGUCACCGCCGGGACAAGGACCGCAAGUCCCCCUUCAACGGGAGUCAUGCUGCCAUCAUCCAGUCACAGGCCCAGAUGCCCAAUAAGACCAUCCUGAUCGCCAAGCCGACGGCGCCGCGCUUCCGGAACAGUGUGGAAGGUCUCAACCAGGAGAUUGAACGCAUCAUCAUCCGUGACACGCCACAACUACGAGAUGAGGUCAUUAUUCCCCAAGAUGUCCCAGACGGACACCGCGCCCCCCCACCCCUCCCCCCCCAGCGCAGCAGCUCCACCCGAAGCAUCGACACACAGACCCCCUCAGGGGGGGGCCUCGGUGGCGGUAAGCAUAGCAACAGCAGCAGCCGGCCCGACUCCAUCUCUCCCUCCUACCUCACCAUCCUCAACGAUAUGGGAGGAGGCAGCCCCUACCCCGCAGAAGAGAAAGAACUGGGUCCCUGCUCGCCUCUCCCGAAGUAUGCAGCGUCUCCGAAGCCCAACAACAGCUACAUGUUCAAGAGGGAGCCGCCGGAGGGCUGUGAGAAGGUCAAGUUCUUUGAGGAGUCACUUCCCAGACCCCUCCAGGAGAUUCCUCCCUUCCUGUGUCCGGACCGUAACAAGGUCAACUUCAUCCCUAAGAGCGGCUCAGCCUUCUGCCUGGUCAGCAUCCUGAAGCCUCUGUUACCCGCCCCAGAGCUCAGCUUCAGAUCAGGGGUUGGCCUCCGCAGCCUGUCCCCCAGCUUGGUGCCUCUGGGUGGGGUUGGCCUGCGCAGUCUGUCCCCUUCCAUGAUGCCUCUAGGUGGGGUGGGCCUCCGUAGCAUGUCCCCUUCCCUAGGGGUAUCCUGGGGCACCAGCACGGUCCACCAGCAACCCUGCCUGCCCAGACACCUGGAGGAACCGGAGAGCUAGAGAUCCACACUUCUGCCCUGGAGGACAGACUGCUGAAUAACAGUCAGAUGAACAUAAUACCCUGCUGCUGGAGACGUCUUCGACAUGCUAACUCCCCUGGUCAUAACUGUCCCCUGGUUCUACCUGGUCAACUCCACCCACUGGUCCUACCUGGUCCCAACGUUCCACUGAUCCUAUGUACUGAGAGGAUACAGGAAAUACUUUUUAUUUUCAUCGUAUUAAACCACGAAACCACAUUUUUAAAUCGUUAUUAUGUUUCUUGAAUUAAGAUGUCUUCCAGUGUGAAGCUGUGUGGUUUCCAUGGUUAUCCAAGCUGUGUGGUUUCCAUGGUUAUCCAAGCUGUGUGGAUUCCAUGGUGAUCCAGGCUGUGCGGUUUCCGCGGUGAUCUGGGCUCAGAGAUAUCGUAGCAAAACUAAGAUUGGGGGACGAAAGAAAAACAAUAAUGUGCCUGAAGACCUGUCUCGUGGUGUCUGUCCAGUGUUCUGCUUUGUCUGCCUCCUCUCGCUCUCUCUCAUUCCCUCCCUCCUUUCCUCCCUCCCUCCCUUCAUCCCUCCCCUUUCCUCCCUUUCAUUUAAGGUUGGUUAGGGGUCAUUUAAGGUUGGUUAGGGGGUUAGGGGCCAUUUAAGGCUGAUUAGGGGUCAUUUAAGUUUUGUUAGUGGUCAUUUAAGGUUGGUUAGGGGUCAUAUAAGGUUGGUUAGGGGGUUAGGGGCCAUUUAAGGCUGGUUAGGGGCCAUUUAAGGCUGGUUAGGGGUCAUUUAAGGUUGGUUAGGGCUCAUUUAAGGUUGGUUAGGGGUCAUAUAAGGUUGGUUAGGGGGUUAGGGGCCAUUUAAGGCUGGUUAGGGGUCAUUUAAGGUUGGCUAGGGGGUUAGGGGUAAUUUAAGGUUGGUUAGGGGUAAUUUCAGGUUGGUUAGGGGGUUAUGAGUAAUUUAAGGUUGGUUAGUGGUCAUUUAAGGUUGGUUAGGGGCAUUUAAGGUUGGUUAGUGGUCAUUUAAGGUUGGUUAGGGGCAUUUAAGGUUGGUUAGGGGUCAUUUAAGGUUGGUUAGGGGUCAUUUAAGGCUGGUUAGGGGGUUAUGAGUAAUUUAAGGUUGGUUAGUGGUCAUUUAAGGUUGGUUAGGGGCAUUUAAGGUUGGUUAGGGGCAUUUAAGGUUGGUUAGGGGUCAUUUAAGGUUGGUUAGGGGGUUAGGGGCCAUUUAAGGCUGGUUAGGGGUAAUUUAAGGUUGGUUAGGGGUCAUUUAAGGUUGGUUAGGGGUCAUAUAAGGUUGGUUAGGGGGUUAUGAGUAAUUUAAGGUUGGUUAGUGGUCAUUUAAGGUUGGUUAGGGGCAUUUAAGGUUGGUUAGGGGCAUUUAAGGUUGGUUAGUGGUCAUUUAAGGUUGGUUAGGGGUCAUAUAAGGUUGGUUAGGGGGUUAGGGGCCAUUUAAGGCUGGUUAGGGGUCAUUUAAGGUUGGUUAGGGGGUUAGGGGCCAUUUAAGGCUGGUUAGGGGUAAUUUAAGGUUGGUUAGGGGUCAUUUAAGGUUGGCUAGGGGGUUAGGGGUAAUUUAAGGUUGGUUGGGGGUAAUUUCAGGUUGGUUAGGGGUCAUUUAAGGUUGGCUAGGGGGUUAGGGGUAAUUUAAGGUUGGUUAGUGGUCAUUUAAGGUUGGUUAGGGGUCAUAUAAGGUUGGUUAGGGGGUUAGGGGCCAUUUAAGGCUGGUUAGGGGUAAUUUAAGGUUGGUUAGGGGUCAUUUAAGGUUGGCUAGGGGGUUAGGGGUAAUUUAAGGUUGGUUGGGGGUAAUUUCAGGUUGGUUAGGGGUCAUUUAAGGUUGGCUAGGGGGUUAGGGGUAAUUUAAGGUUGGUUAUGGGUCAUUUAAGGUUGGUUAGGGGUCAUAUAAGGUUGGUUAGGGGGUUAGGGGCCAUUUAAGGCUGGUUAGGGGUAAUUUAAGGUUGGUUAGGGGUCAUUUAAGGUUGGCUAGGGGGUUAGGGGUAAUUUAAGGUUGGUUGGGGGUAAUUUCAGGUUGGUUAGGGGUCAUUUAAGGUUGGCUAGGGGGUUAGGGGUAAUUUAAGGUUGGUUAGUGGUCAUUUAAGGUUGGUUAGGGGUCAUAUAAGGUUGGUUAGGGGGUUAGGGGCCAUUUAAGGCUGGUUAGGGGUAAUUUAAGGUUGGUUAGGGGUCAUUUAAGGUUGGCUAGGGGGUUAGGGGUAAUUUAAGGUUGGUUGGGGGUAAUUUCAGGUUGGUUAGGGGUCAUUUAAGGUUGGCUAGGGGGUUAGGGGUAAUUUAAGGUUGGUUAUGGGUCAUUUAAGGUUGGUUAGGGGGUUAGGGGCUAUUUAAGGUUGGUUAGGGUUCAUUUAAGGUUGGUUAGGGGGUUAGGGGCUAUUUAAGGUUGGUUAGGGGUCAUUUAAGGUUGGUUAGGGGUCAUUUAAGGUUGGUUAGGGGGUUAGGGUAACUUACUUAGGGUUCGGUUACUCAACUAGAAUUAGGGCUCUAUUCAAUCUGGACGGCUGAAGCGUUACAGACCGUGUGAUAGAAAUGUAAAGGUCAUUUCCCAUUGAGCCGACAUAUGCGGCGUUUACCGUGAAUGCAGUCUCCGCUAACACAGGAACAUCGCCUUCACAUUUCUAUCAGGUGGUAAAGUUGAACUUCAGCCGUACAGAUUGAAUAGAGCCCUUAGGGUCACCAGGAGCUUUGGUGGUUAUUACUAAGAGCUCAGAAUGUAUCCCGGUUAGGGCUCUAAACGCUCUACGUAACAGUACAGACUUCUAAACUACCAGUCGACUCAACAGAGAAAUGCUCUUCUGUCAAAGUAGAUGUUAAUAUUGGAGAUGAUAUUUGGUCCUGUUUUACAACCUGUAGCAGUAGAGAUGGGGUUUCCUGUUAAAGGUCAACUUUGGACACGAAAAGACAGUCCAACUCCGCAUCUUUCCCAGUUUUCUAAACAUAAAUGGGGUGUGCCUUUGGUGGUACAUCAGUGUCAUUCUAGUCAGGUGUGCACAUGACCAACGUACAGUUGGAGUCGGAAGUUUACGUACACCUUAGCCAAAUACAUUUAAACUCAGUAUUUCACAAUUCCUAACAUUUAAUCCUAGUAAAAAGUCCCUGUCUUAGGUCAGUUAGGAUCACCACUUUAUUUUAAGAAUGUAAAAUGUCAGAAUAAUAGUAGAGAGAAUGAUAUAUUUCAGCUUUUAUUUCUUUCAUCGCAUUCCCAGUGGUUCAGAAGUUUACAUACAUUCAAUUAGUAUUUGGUAGCAUUGCCAUUAAAUUGUUUAACUUUGGUCAAAUGUUUCAGGUAGCCUUCCACAAGCUCCCCACAUUAAGUUGGGUUAAUUUUGGCCCAUUCCUCCUGACAGAGCUGGUGUAACUGAGUCAGGUUUGUAGGCCUCCUUGCUCGCACACACUUUUUCAGUUCUGCACACAAAUGUUCUAUAGGAUUGAGGUCAGGGCUUUGUGAUGGCCACUCCAAUACCUUGACUUUGUUGUCCUUAAGCCAUUUUGUCACAACCUUGGAAGUAUGCUUGGAGUCAUUGCCCAUUUGGAAGACCCAUUUGCAACCAAGCUUUAACUUCCUGACUGAUGUCUUGAGAUGUUGCUUCAAUAUAUCCACAUAAUUUUCCUACCUCAUGAUGCCAUCUAUUUUGUGAAGUGCACCAGCCCCUCCUGCAGCAAAGCACCCCCACAACAUGAUGCUGCCACCCCCGUGCUUCACGGUUGGGAAGGUGUUCUUCGGCUUGCAAGCAUCCCCCUUUUCCUCCAAACAUAACGAUGGUCAUUAUGGCCAAACAGUUCUAUUUUUGUUUCUUCAGAUCAGAGAACAUUUCUCCAAAAAGUACGAUCUUUGUCCCCAUGUGCAGUUGCAAAUCGUAGUCUGGCUUUGUUAUGGCGGUUUUGGAGCAGUGGCAUCUUCCUUUCUGAGUGGCCUUUCAGGUUAUGUCGAUAUAGGACUCGUUUUACUGUGGAUAUAGAUACUUUUGUACCUGUUUCCUCCAGCAUCUCCACAAGGUCCUUUGCUGUUGUUCUGGGAUUGAUUUGCACUUUUUGCACCAAAGUACGUUCAUCUCUAGGAGACAGAACACGUCUCCUUCCUGAGCGGUAUGACGGCUGCGUGGUCCCAUGGUGUUUAUACUUGCAUACUAUUGUUUGUACAGAUGAACGUGGUACCUUCAGGCGUUUGGAAAUUGCUCCCAAGGAUGAACCAGACUUGUGGAGAUCUACAAUUUUUUUCCUGAGGUCUUGGCUGAUUUCUUUAGAUUUGUCCAUAAUGUCAAGCAAAGAGCCACAGAGUUUGAAGGUAGGCCUUGAAAUACACCCACAGGUACACCUCCAAUUGACUCAAAUUAUGUCAAUUAGCCUAUCCGAAGCUUCUAAAGCCAUGACAUCAUUUUCUGUGAUUUUCCAAGCUGUUUAAAGGCACAGUCAACUUAGUGUAUGUAAACUUCUGACCCACUGGAAUUGUGGUACAGUGAAUUAUAAAUGAAAUAAUCUAUCUGUAUACAAUUGUUGGAAAAAUGACUUGUGUCAUGCACAAAGUAGAUGUCCUAACCGACUUGCUAAAACUAGUUUGUUAACAAGAAAUUUGUGGAGUGGUUGAAAAAUGAGUUUUAAUGACUCCAACCUAAGUGUAUGUAAACUUCGACUUCAACUGUAGCUAGUUCAUUAGCUAAGCUAGCCACUGUAGCUAGUUUGUUAGCUAAGCUAGCCACUGUAGCUAGUUCGUUAGCUAAGCUAGCCACUGUAGCUAGUUCAUUAGCUAAGCUAGCCACUGUAGCUAGUUUGUUAGCCAAGCCAGCCACUGUAGCUAGUUUUUUAGCUAAGCUAGCCACUAUAGCUAGUUCGUUAGCUAAGCUAGCCACUGUAGCUAGUUCAUUGGCUAAGCCAUCCACUAUAGCUAGUUCGUUAGCUAAGCUAGCCACUGUAGCUAGUUCAUUGGCUAAGCCAUCCACUGUAGCUAGUUUGUUUGCUAAGAUAGCCACUAUAGCUAGUUCGUUAGCUAAGCUAGCCACUAUAGCUAGUUCGUUAGCUAAGCUAGCCACUAUAGCUAGUUUGUUAGCUAAGCUAGCCAGUAACUCCUCCACUAUGUGUUGACAUCAUUUCACAGGAUUUGUUUUUGGAGAUCGGAAAGAAAUGGCACAUCUGUAGCCAAAUAUCUUAUUUAGCCAUUUUUUUAAAGCAAUAAAUGACCAUGUAUGAUGGUGCAUUGAUCAGUUAUACUGUUUAAAAUACAUUAUUUUCACGCUUUUGCCCAAAAUCGACCUUCAAAUGUAUAUUGGCAGAGAUGUCCACCGGGGUAGACUGGAGGGGAUGGGAGGUGAGUUGGUAAUGAAAUACUCAACUUGAUGACAAAUAAAUACUUUUAAAGAAACGCACAAAUGGAAAAACAUCUCAAAUAACAGUUUAAUAAAGUUCCUUCAACAUGUCUGCUGAUAACAGCCCCGUUUCAUCCCAAGACGUUACAUACAUCUUCGUUACAUACAUCCCCGUUUCAUCCUAUGACGUUACAUACAUCCUUUAAGUGAAAUAAAAGGCAAAGUUGAAUAAAAUAAAGCAUUUGUGAUUGAUAUA